AUGAGAGUACUUAGUUGCGCCUUCCUUGAAGCAUUUGAUGGCACCGCGCAAUUAACUGGGCUCAUGCACGCGUAUAACGAGAGAUAUGAUGGCACCCGCAGCUACGAUCAAAGUGUUUUUAGCGGCGUUGUUGGCAACCAACACUUCCUGGAUGCAACACACCAUCCUAGCGAUAGUCGAAUGGGAGUUCUCGUCGGCGUAUGCAACCUGGGCCGUUUUGCCGGGUGUAUCCUGAACGUCCUUGUUGAGGAAUACUUUGAAUGA